AUGGAAAACUACGCGAAACUUGAGAAAGUUGGAGAGGGGACGUAUGGUGUUGUGUACAAGGCGCGCGAUAUCAAUACCGGGCGUAUUGUGGCGCUGAAGAAGAUUCGCUUGGAAGCCGAGGAUGAAGGAGUUCCUAGUACUGCGAUACGCGAAAUCAGCUUACUAAAAGAAUUAAAAGAUGACAAUGUUGUCGCAUUAUUGGAUAUAGUGCACGCAGAUAGCAAGCUAUAUCUAGUAUUCGAAUUCUUGGACAUGGAUUUGAAGCGGUACAUGGAAACAGUCAACUCGAAGAAUGGCAAUCGAGGUCUCGACAAGCAACUCAUCAAGGUAAAAUUCACCUACCAGCUCUUAGCUGGUCUACGAUACUGCCACGGUCAUCGAAUACUCCAUCGUGACUUGAAGCCACAGAACUUGUUGAUAGAUACUGACGAAAAUCUGAAACUUGCCGACUUUGGUCUUGCUCGUGCAUUUGGUAUACCACUGCGUACUUACACCCAUGAGGUCGUAACUCUCUGGUACCGAUCUCCGGAAGUCUUGCUGGGUUCUCGUCAUUACAGCACAGCAAUUGACAUGUGGUCUGUUGGGUGCAUUGUUGCCGAAAUGGUUAUGCACGGUCAACCGCUCUUCCCAGGCGACUCGGAGAUUGACCAGAUAUUCAAGAUAUUCAGGCUACUCGGAACACCAAACGAAGAGAUUUGGCCAGGAGUAUCUCAACUACCUGACUAUAAGGAAACCUUCCCGCGAUGGUCGGCAGUCGAACUUUCACAAACUGUUCGGGGAAUCGACGCACAAGGUUUGGAUCUUAUCGCGCAAAGUUUGAUAUACGAUACUGCACACCGUAUUUCUGCCAAGCGCGCUCUCACCCACCCAUACUUCAACGAUCUCGCAACCUGA